UCUGCCAUACUUGCCACGUCGCCGCCAUUUUUGAUCCCCAAAUAAUAAGAACAAAUAUUUUGUUUUUGCGAAGAAGUUAUGAAAGUGCAAGUUAUCAAUUAACUAACUUAACGUACAUCAGAAAUCAGUGGGACUAAUAGAUAUUCGUUUGACAUCGUCGUUUGGAGAUGUCACUGGUGCAUCUCGGGCAGCGGCUGCUGGAGGCUGCGCGAACCGGACAUGAUGACGAUGUCAAAGCUCUGAUGGCCAAUGGGGCUCCUUUCACCACAGACUGGCUGGGCUCGUCGCCGCUGCAUCUCGCAGCCCAGUACGGUCAUCGCUCCACUGCCGAGGUGCUACUGCGUGCCGGUGUCAGCAGGGACGCCCGAACCAAAGUGGACAAGACCCCUCUUCACAUGGCCGCCUCAGAGGGCCACUCCAUCAUAGUGGACCUGUUAGUGCAGAACGGCGCCGACAUCAACGCCAAAGACAUGCUGAAGAUGACUGCGCUGCACUGGGCGGCUCAGCACGGCCACAGGGAGGUGGCGGAGCUCCUGCUGAGGUACGGCGCAGACAUCCACUGCCUCAGCAAGUUCGACAAGACGCCCUUCGACAUCGCCAUGGAUACCAGCGACACUGAGCUGAUGAUCCUGCUACAGGACAGCAUGCAGAAUCAGGCAAACAUCAACCCAGAGUCCCACUACAUGAUCCCUGCUGGUGGGCUGGUCAACCUCUCAGAGCUGAUCGCCACCACCAAGACCACUGCAGGCAAGUCAGAGGAUGCCAUGGCUGCCGAGUCGGUGGAAACAACCAUUCAGCAUGUGGUGGGCGAUGGCGGGCAGAGGGUCAUUACCAUAUUGACAGACCAACACAGCAACCUGCAGCCAGCGGCCCUGGGCCAACAGUUCAUCAUCACCCUGCAGGGGCAGCAGAUGGUGGCUUUGCCAGCUAGUGCAAUCUCAGAUGAUGUGGUGGUAGAGAAGCCUCGGCAGCCCAUGCCCACACGCAAGAGGAAGAUAAACCCCGCAGCCAAUCACAUCAGCCUAAAAAACAAGGUGAAAGAAAGUCGCAAGCAGCUGGAGCGGCAGCUGCAGGAAGCCAAACUUAAGGCUCAAGAGUACCAACAGCAACUCCUGCAAAAGGAGCAGGAGGCCGAGCAGUAUCGAAUCAAACUACAGCAGGCCAUAGCCACCAGUAACAGCAUCAAAAACGGCACUACUGCGACGACAGUUACUUUAAACAGCGGCGCUACAUUGAAGCUGGAGGAGGAGGAGGUACUGAUAGAGCAGCAGCUAGGGAUGGAAGAGGUGAAAGAAGGGGAGAUGAAAGACACGGAGGAGGAGGGGGAGGUCAUCAGUGAACUUAAAGAAAAUGAAACUUUUGUGAAUGAGGGCGCGCUGGAUCUGGAGUUGGAUGGUACAGAGGAACCACCCAAGUCUUCGUCCUGUCGACGAGGCAGACGGAGAGGCAGAGGCAGAGGGGGAAGCAGACACUAGCUGACAUGUUUUGUAAUCUAUUUAAUUUAUUUUAUAACCUUUUGUAAAAAAUGGGGAAAAAGUACAUAUAUAUAUAUAUAUAUAUAUAUAUAUAUAUAGGAAGACUUUUGUAAAUAUGUCAAGAUAAAGAUUUUCAUGCUGCACAAAGUUCAAGAGGACCUUUUUUUGAAGAAGAAAUAGUUCAUACACACUGAGCUUGGAAGGGAAAUUGUAGCAUCAUGGACUUUACCUCUUUAUCUCACCUGUAAUUUCAUCACCAGACUCCCAACUGGAUGGUAGCAGAGCUUUUUUGUCCUUUACUUACCAAUGCACCACUGAAUAUUACAUCCCAACAUUUUGAAUAAAUGGUAAAAGUAGACAACUUAGGUUAAGAGAAAGGUUAUGAACAAAUAUAUUUUCAUUGAUAUGGCAGGUUAAACUUGCAAUUCAUUGUAGUUUGUUUGAUAUGUGCUAGGGCACCUGCAACAGAUGCACAUCCUGACAGGUACAUUACUGAUCUUCACCCUUUCUAAAUACUUAAAGCUGCAUGAACGAUGCACAAGAUCUCCACAACAAGCUGCCUGAGCUUUUAGCUGUAAUCAGCUGCUUGUAAAAAAUGAGCCAAUCAAAUGUAUGUAAGAUUAAGAUUUAUCUUCCUGUGCCAGACAAUAGGGACAAAGUGGCCACAAAGAUGGUAACAAGCACAGAUUAGACUAUAUAACAACUCUCAAGUCUGACAAAUGUUAAGUUAUUGCUCCAAGCGAUCACAGCGGAUGGUUAAUCAGUCACUAGUGAUUGAUUAAGGAAAAAAAUAACACUCCAAAAAGAAAUCGGUUGAACUGAAGAUGAAAUUAAUUAAUCAGGCUAGGUUUGGCACUCCAAGAGACCCCUUUCAUAUAACACACAGUCAUCUGAUUCAUUGUUAAUAUAAAAAAUAUUGAUUUGUGGAGCUUAAAUGGGUCAAAUGGCAAAUUUAAGUGACAACAUUUAAUCCUGCUGUUAAGUAUGACAACAAACUGAGCGACAUGCAGCUGAGGCCUUGAACUGGAGAUGUGGCGGUUUGUAGCGGCCAUCCUGUACAUUACAGGACACCCGACCAGAUUUUAUUUCAUGUCGCAUUGUUUUGUUUCUAAAGUAAAAUACUUCUCCCUGCCAGUACAGUAGAAUACGUGUAGUACAGAAUACGUGUGUUUGUAAUGGAGAAAAAAACUAAGCACCCCGAUUCCUCUACAUUUUCUUGUCAUUCAUUAUUCUGUGUUGUUUUUUGUAGAAUUUAAGUUAUUCUCAAGUCUUUGUGUUUACAGCUUUUCUUCUGAUGAGGGCCCUCAGACUGUGAUGUGUAACACGGUGAAUGUGCCUCACUGGAGGUGCACAGUACAGUCAAAGAUAAUCAUGAAGCAAUUACAGUAAAAGCACUUCAUGCUCUCUUAUCCAGGGUGACCUACAGUGAGCAGAUAGGAACUCUUUUGUGCUCAAGGACACUUUAACAGAACGCAUGCAGUUGAUGGGCACCUUAUCUUUUCUAGGAAUCAAACCUGUAACCUUUCUGUUUUUAGAGCAGUCUCUUUAACUACUCAGCCACCAUCCUACCCAGUUCUACUGCUGUGUAAUAUUAUGGUUUUAUUUACAACAGACAGAUUUGAGGUUUUUGAAGGGAAAAAAACAAAAUGUGGCGCCAAUUAGUCCACUAGAACAAAUUAAGGAGUAGGCCAGAUCUUUCUAUUAAUUAGUUUGCUUUUCUUACAUUAAUCACACAGUCCGUCUCCUCGUUAUUUAAACUGUCAGGGAACAGUUGUUUUCAUGUUUGCACUUAAGGGCUUUAUUCACACUGUAGCAAAAAAUGUGACUUUGAAGUGUUUUUAAGGUCGAACUUGGACAACCUGUACAGAGAAACAAGUAAGCGCCUCAGAGACUAAAAAGAUUGAUACAUCAUCAUCUGAAGACACUGCUCGUUUCUUAAAGGGACACACCAUUGAUUUUACAUAAAAAAAUAAUUUAUUCGGUGUGGGGAAUAACUACUUAGCCUGUGAAAGCACAUGUAUACACUGUUGUUAUCAGGACAAUCUCUGAUUUUGGUCCUAACUUUCAGAAUUUACUUAUAAUAAUAAUACUGUCGUUGGUCGUCGAAGUGCUGAAUCAUUCAGUGGAGGUGUCUCACAGUAGGUUCUAGGGCCACCAUUUUUUAUUGAUGACCAAAGAUUUCACCACGUUUCUCUCAUAACUGUACAGUGUGAAGGAGCCUCAAAUGUCAGAAUAACUAUGCCUCUGU